CAGCUAAGGAGUGCACAAUUGCAGAGUUUAAACCAUUGUAUCAAAUCAGAGAAGAUUAAAAAAAAAAAAAAAAGACUAUGCCUUAAUUGCCUCCCCUGCAAUGAGCAGCAUAUCUUAGAAUUAACAAGUCAGAGGCACUUCUUUAGGAAAUUCUCCAAGUUUACAGAGAGGCUCAAAGAACUGAAACAAAGGGAAUUUGCUCGAAAUGUAGCAUCUAAAUCCAGGAAAGAUGAAAGAAAACAGGAAAAAGCACUCCAACGCCUGCACAAGCUGGCCGAGCUAAGAAAGGAAACUGUGUGUGCUCCUGGAAGUGGUCCCAUGUUCAAGUCAACAACUGUUACUGUGAAAGAAAAUUGUAAUGAAAUUUCCCAAAGAGUUGUUGUGGAUGCAGUUAAUAACCAGGAAGAUUUCAAAUAUACUUUGAUUCAUAGUGAAGAGAAUACUAAAGAUGUUACCGCUGUUGCUGCAGAUCCAGAAAGUACAAAUAUUACAGCAAAAAAUAACCAACUUGGGGAUCAAGCCCAAGGAAUCCACAGACACAAAAUUGGCUUUUCUUUUGCAUUUCCAAAGAAAGCUUCCGUGAAGCUGGAGUCCUCAGCUGCAGCCUUCUCUGAAUACAAUGAUGAUGCCUCUGUGGAAAAAGGAUUUAGCAGAAAAAGUAGAUUUGUGCCUGGUGCUUGUCAUCUUCAACUAUCUUCACCAACAGAUGUGCUUUUGAGUUCUGAGGAGAAAGCUAACUCUUUUCUUCCACCAGAAGGAAUGUGCAUUGACAAAGAAACUGCUCGAACUCAAGAGAUGAAAGAAGUUUCUAGUGAAAAAGAUACAUUUUCAUUACCUUCAUUUUGCCAGUUUCAAAUCCCUCUAUCUUCUGAUGCAGAUAAUUGCCAAAAUUCAGUCCCAUUAGCUGAUCAAAUACCACUGGAAGAUAUUAUUAUUAAUGAAGACAUAACUACGAGUGAUAACAGUUCUGAAUUGUUAGGAAAUAAAUCCACAGUUCUUGACUUAGCUAAUGAUUGCUUAUCUUUGCAAGCUACCACAGAAGAAGCUGUUAAGAACAAUGAUGAGUCUACAGUUGAAGUUGCAAAUAAAAAUUAUGGCCCUGAGAUGUUGGCCCCUUCAAAUUUUGAAGAGGAAAAUAUAAGCUUACAUAAAAAACCAGAUUUAUCCAAAAGACCAUGUGAGCCCUUUGUACCGGUUCUUAACAAAGAUGGAUCCACAAUCCUUCAGUGGCCAUCAGAAAUGUUGAUUUAUACAACUACUCAACCAUCAAUUUCCUAUAGCUGUAAUCCUCUCUGUUUUGACUUCAAGGCCACUAAAUUAAACAACAAUCUAUAUAAAAAUAAGCUGCCCUUAAAUGAUCUUUCUUUUCAGCAGAAAGGAGAAGACAUUUGCAAGAGACCAGUUUCAGAAUGCAAGAACACAUCUGUUGCAGGACUCAUUGAUUAUGAUGUUCGAGGUAGCAGAAAUGAAUGCCCCCAAGUCACUCUUCCUCCGGUUGAUGAUACUCUCUUCAAUAACUGUAAUUCUGGAAAAAAUGAGACUAUGGGUCUAAGGAAUAGAAAUAUUUCCUGUAGGAUCAGAAAAACAAAAAAACACAACUUUACCAAAAAUCAAAUGAAACAGGAUACUCCAGAUGAGAAAUAUAACAAAAUAAGGUUGAAAGAUACUCAUGAACACUGGUUCCAUAAAAGUAGAAGGAAGAAAAAAAGAAAAAAAUUAUGUCAGCAUCACCAUGGGGAGAAAACCAAAGAAUCAGAAAUUAGCUUCAAAAUGGAAUCAGAAAAUAGUUACACUGAUAUAACUAGGAAAAAUCUACUGGAAACAAUUUCAGAAAAGCACUGUCUAGCUGCAGAGCAAUUAUUGGACUCACAUCAGUUACCUGAUAAAAGGCCCAAAUCAUCAUCCAUAUACAUAAGUGACAAUGAAGAAAUGUGUAAAACCCAGAACACUGAACAUAAUAGUAAUGAUGCAAUCAGUUCUAAAAAUCACGGUACAAAGAACUCGGUUGUUUUAAAUGAACAACCCAAUCCAACAAUGAUACAUUCUGGGAAACAUAAUUUAACUUACUCCAGAACUUACUGUAGUUGGAAAGCCAAAAUGUCCAGCUGCAGUCAGGAUCACAGAUGCCUAGUUCUUCAAAACGACAUGAGCUGCCUGAGUCAGAACCAGGCUGUUAAAAGAGGUUAUAAUUCUCUCAUUAACGAAUCAGAAAGAUUCCAUCGAAAACGUAGACAACAUUCAUAUUCUUAUUCUUCAGAUGAAAGCUUAAAUCGACAGAAUUAUUUACCAGAGGAGUUUUGGAGACCACCACGGGCUUCUGCUCCCUGUAGGCCUAAAAGGAAGCGGAGGAGAAAAAGAAGCCGAUUCCAUACGGGAAUGGAAGCUUUUGAACUCAGAGAGAACACCGAUUAUCCCAGGAAAGGUAAUUCUUCCUUAGGUCACCAGGAUGAGUUAGUAAGCCAAGACCAAAAAGGGGAAACAAAACCACAAGACAGUGUGAACCCUGGGAAGAACUCAGACCAAACAGAUCAAGGAGAAGAGGAGCAAAUUUUGCACCCGGGCAGCCCCCUUCCUCCUGAAGCCAGUGGAGGGACUGAGCCUUUAGCGCUGGAAACCACUUCUGGGGCCUCGGCAGACACUUCCCACGAACACGCCACAUCUGUCCACGCAGCCAGCGCCCCAACGAAAAAAGAAAUGGACAAUGCCUUGCUGGAACACAAAGAAAGAAGUGAGGACAUAAAUAUGCAGGAGAAGCCAAUUCCUUUCAAGGUGCCUCACCCUGAAAGGAACUUGAGGCAGCCACAACCGAAAUCCCAUCUGUGCCAUUACGAACUGGCGGAGGCCCUCCCGCAAGGAAAGAUGAACGAGGCGCCCGCGGAGUGGCUGCGUUUUAAUUCGGGAAUCCUUCACACACAGCCGCCCUUACCGUUCAAGGAAGCACACGUCAGCGGUCACACCUUUGUAACCACGGAGCAAAUCCUGGCUCCCUUAGCUUUACCGGAACAGGCACUUCUGAUCCCAAUAGAAAACCACGAGAAAUUCCGAAAUCUGCCCUGCGAGGUCUACCAGCACAUCCUCCCGCCCAACAUGCUGGCCAACAAGGUCAAAUUUACGUUUCCCGCAGCGGCUCUCCCACCCCCUAGCACACCUCUGCAGCCUCUGCCUCUGCAGCAGCCCUUCUGUUCUACCUCUGUAACCACGCUCCACCACGCGGUUCUGCAGCAACACGCGGCCGCCGCGGCCGCCGCCGCAGCCGCCGCGGCCGCGGGGACCUUCAAAGUGCUUCAGCCCCACCAACAGUUUCUGUCCCAAGCUCCGGCUCUCACCAGAACAUCCUUACCUCAGAUCUCAGUAGGACCGGUCGGACCCCGGCUCUGUCCUGGGAACCAGCCACCUUUUGUUGCUCCUCCUCAGAUGCCAAUCAUCCCAGCUUCGGUUCUUCAUCCUAGCCAUCUGGCUUUCCCAUCUUUACCCCAUGCCCUCUUUCCUUCUCUGCUUUCCCCACACCCUACUGUCAUCCCACUACAGCCCCUCUUCUAGUCAUCGCCAUAGGAGGGAGAGAAAAUGUUCGUGUGAAAACGAUUGCUAUGUGCAUAAAUGCUCAUCUAAGUGGAUAAUUAAUUUCCUACUUAAAUGGUGGAAAUAAACUAGCCAAAAUACGGCCUCAUUGAUAUGAAAUCAUUUACUGUAAGUGUAAUGAUGCAAAUAAAUUCUUAAGUUUCUGAUAUAUAAUAUUAUUAAGGCACUGAAUAGUUUGCAAACCAAUACAAUAUAUGCUGUAUAUUAAGAUGGUGUCUUAAGAGUAUGUAUAAUGUACAUAAAAUAUAUUUAUAGUACUGUAAUUUAUGUUGUAAAGUAUGCUCCUUGUUUUUUUUUUAACCUUUGUGUAUUUGCACCUAUUUAAUGUUUAGACAAAGCUGAUGGCACUACGUUUUGUACCAUGUUCCUUGAAAAUGUAAAUUCAGUGAAAUAUAUCUCUUGCAAUAAAUUUUUGUUAAGUAUUUAAGUAAAUCAAACUUUGUUUUAGUUCGUUUUCACUGUCCUGGGAAUGUAUAGUAACAGUAGGUUUUGGAUUUACAUUGUUUCUUCUGUACAUUGGCAUCUCUGAGUCUCAGAGGCUCAACAAAUUACCUUUGGAGCUCUAUCAAUACUUAAACUGUAAUACCUUCCUUUGGAAUAAGUAUAACAGGACCAUUUGUUUUUCUGUUUGUUCUAAUGUUGCUUAUACUCAGAGUUUACUAUAUUUCUUGAACAACUGGCCCUUUAGAUAAUAAACCCUGGAAAUUAUGUUAAAGUAAUGUUAGUAUUGAGGGGGGGAUAACUCAAAAAUAUGCAAGUACCUAGUAUUCUUUCAGGAACUGUGCAACAGCACUAGUAGACAAGAAAUAGCAAAUAAACAAUAUGAAUUCUUACAACGUUUUUGUAUGUCAGAAUUCUCGAAUGUAUUAUGUUUAUUUUUAAUUGAUACAGGAAAUAUAUGUAUAUAGUGAUAUUGGUAUGGAUUAAGGAAUGGGUUUAAUUAAUAAAUCACUCCCCAUAUAUAACAUCUUGGGCAGAAUGGCAUAAACACAAUCUGUAUCGGAUAUACUCUUUAAUUGAGAAUCUGGAAAUGGGAAGGAGAGUAAAUAAAUAGCCCUUCCUUCUGCAAAUCUAGAGAGAUGUUUGUAUCGUAUUUACAAAUCACCCAGGAACUGUUAGAAAAUUUCCAUCACCCUUCCAGAGUCUGCUUUAUUCUCAACGACCUCUGCCUGAUCAUUCACUCAAGAGCUUCUACAUGUACUAAAGAAUAGAAUUAUUCAAUAGGAAAACUAGGAAUGUCACUAGGUUGUUUACUUUCUUGAUUAUUUGCCAUAAUAAUAAUAGAUUUCAAUGUUUUCCUGAAAAAUGGUUGUGAGAGACUGCAUAUGCCCUUUUUAUAUUGACCAAGGAGGAUACAAAUAGUAAGGGAAGCAAUUCCAUUUCAAAUGUUCUGAGAAAACAUGUUCUAAAAUUGGGAACUAAAUUUGGAAAAUUUCUUCUUUUGUCAUCUUCUCUCAUCCCAACAUGUUCAUCUCUUACCUCCUGUUCUUAUUCUUUAAGUCCUUUUUUCUCUGAUCUUUUCCUUCUCAGUUUCACUGUAGACAUCAUUUGCAUGUGUGUGCCUCCCAUUUUUCUUUCUCCAUGUUACCAUUCCUUAUAUUUCUUUCUUCAAAAUUCUGUUGCUCUCCUCCAUUUCUUUUUGUUAAAUGAUAUGGUCAGGCAUGCUUUAACUCUUACGCAUAACAGAAUAUACUUGCUUGCUUAUGGUCAAAUUAUUAGUUAGAUGACAGAGAUUUCUGAAAAGUUUGAGGAGGUAAGUUGUCGGUUAAAACUAUUAAAACAACUUGACAGAUAAAUGAAUUGGUUCUCAUGGAUAUCAACGGCUGGAGAAGAAAUGAAGAAGAGUUAAGAAUGUCAACAUCAUUCAGAUUCUACAUAAUUCAUCUGAAUACUUGAUAUAUUUGAUCAGAGAUGCUUACACAGUUGGGACAUCUGUUAUACAUUGAGGACUCAGAAUGGAUAUAUGAUGAGAACCUUGUUAUUUAUUCUGAAAACAUCAACCCCAGAAUCAAGUGAGUCAAGCUGAUGGAGUGAAAAUCAACAAUGAGCAAAGCAAUCAGGUUAAGUCAGAGUAGACUCAACAUGCAAUGAGGCGGUCAGGGGACCAUUAGGCAUGAGCAUAUUGAUGGUAGCAAGAGUCGGGCUUGAGAACAGGCAUACACUGGCAGUAGGUUUGGGCCCUGGAUGAUGGCUUGUUCAUAAAUUCUGAAGCUGAAAUUCCAGUUCCUAUCUAGGAAUAAAUUACUGUACCCUCUCUAUGUUGGGAAAUUUAAAUGAUUCCAAUACUAUCUCUUACACACCAUCUCCAAUCUGCUAGUUACAAGCAUUGCUAUAGUAUUUGUUAUUGUAGAGAUGAAUGAUUUGGAAUAUAGAAUAAAUCUGAACAUGAAAAGUAACUGUAGCCAAAUAAGAAACGGAUUCACAUUUGAUGACAGUAAGGGAACUCAUUCUUAACUUCAACUACCAUCUCUCUCUUUCAUAUGUAUCUAGCUAUUUGGGUAUAUAGAUAUAGUUGUAUCUCCAAAUUCUUUUAUGAGUUGAAUAGCAAUAUCAGACUGUCCACAGGAUGUCUCAAUCUGAAUAUCUGCCAAGUAUUUGAACUCAAAACUCAAACUCAAGAUCCUUUAUUACAGAUACCACUGAAACCUGGCCAUAGUCUUGUGUUUCUAAACUCUAAGAAUGCCAUUAUAAAAAACAAAAAACAAACAAACAAAAAAAGGUGUUUUUUCAAAAUCCUUUUUUUCAAAUCAGAAGCCAGAGUGUCAUGCCUACAUCAAAUCAAUCAAUGACCCAUUUUGGCUCUAUUUCCUUACUUUUUUUCUCUCUCAAUUUUUUCCUGCCUGUACACUUUGUAUCGUUCUAGUCCUAGUAGACCAUAAGCUGAGUUGCUUACUUGGUGUUAUAAAUUAAUGUGUCUUUCCUCAAUUUCCUGUUCCUACUAUCCAUCCUGCCCUCUGUUGCCAUGGAAACAUUUUAAAAUGCAAACUUUUGGGGCACGUGGGUGGCUCAGUGGGUUAAGCCACUGCCUUCAGCUCAGGUCAUGAUCAGGGUCCUGAGAUCAAGCCCCGCAUCGGGCUCCUUGCUCAGUGGGGAGCCUGCUUCUCUCUCUGCCUCUGCCUGCCUCUCUGCCUGCUUGUGAUCUCUGUCUCUCUCUCUCUGUGUCAAAUAAAUAAAUAAAACCUUUAAAAAAAAUGCAAACUUUUUAUGACACUUCCCUACUUUAA